AUGUAUGAGCGUUCUGCGAGGAUGGAAGAAGGCAAUAACUCUCCGAAUACGGAAUCCGAGGAUUCAGAUGAAAGCUUUGAGUUUGCACCUGAAAUAGAGGAGGAAGAGGAGUUUGGAGAUAUUAAAUUUAAGCAACUAGUUGAGGAUCAUUGGAGGCUUUCUCUGGAGGGAGAAACCAGUAUAAAAGACAUGAUUACAGAUCCCGUGAAGAAAUUUGACAGCCCUGGAUUUAAAACGAUUCCAGAUACUAUUAAUAAUGAUGCACCUUCAUUGCCAAUCUGGAGCGGGAAACCCAAAAUCUGUACCAAACUCCAAACUAUUCCCAUCCAAAAAACUAUUUCACCAGAGGUUAAACACAUCGAGACGGGUUUAUAUCAAGGGUUACCGAUAAUCGACGUUAUCACUAGGACGGGGGAAUCCUUCGAGCGGUCUAGAACUUGUGUAGGUGUAUCACCAUCUAGCAAGGUUUCUAGUGCUCUCCACUUAAAUGGACAAGCGGGAGAGGGUGCUCAUGACCGUAACCUUGAGAAGGUCAAAGAUUCUGCGGAAGAAACAAAAACCGAGCAGGUUUCGAGGUAUCAGGAUCAUUCCAAGAAAAAGAUUAACCUAGGUGUUUCCAGCAGAGAUGAUGAGAUGAUAAUGUCGCAGCAGGAUAGUAAAGAAAUUUCGGUGGAGAACCUUACGACAAGUGAUGAUGGAUUCUUUAGAGAUUCUGAGACUGGUUUCGCUCAAUCCACCCCGAUCUCUCGACGUAGCUCCAUGUCAAGCGAGGGAAGUAUAACAUUUUCUUUGAGAGAGGAUUCUAUAUCCGGAAAAGAAUCAGACAAAGCAGGAAAGGCUUUUUUUGAGGAUGCGGAAAGAUCAAGACGUUCACCAGGUCCCAGUCCAAGCCCUAAACGAGGGUUUAAGUUAAGUUCUUCGGCGGCUAGACCAGGAUGUUUCGACCCAUUCAAAUUUGAACCAAUAAGAGAUGAAAAUACCAAUGAUCCGAAGAUUGUGACUGAAGGCUGGCUUAGUCAACUCUCUAUUUCUUCGGAAAACGACAAUAUUAUUCUCCCAACGAGUCGGCCUUCAGUACUUGCUCGCAUACAUUCCCGUGGGAGUGUUUGUGAUGAUGAUGAGAGUGAUUCUGAUGGUGUUGCCCCUGGCGAAUGGAUCAAACCAAUUGAGUUGAUUAAGAAAGAACAUCCCAAGCUCAAGACGGGAGAUGAAGCGCCCAUGAAAGAUUCUUUUGGGGGAUCCUUUAAAGGAACUAUAUUUAGCCGUGGCUUAAGAAGACCUGGACAAUAUGACGGUCCACGAUCGCAGUCCACAACUCCACAAAUCGGUUCCCAGUUCGACAAAUCAAGGGUUAUCACCUCGCCCACUGAAGGUAAGCAGGAACAAAGGGAUUUGGUACCCCAACGUCAAAGUGUUCUAUUUGCAUCGCCAUAUGGAAGGAUCGGCGAAGACAAUCCCAAGAAUAAAAGCCAUAAGAUGCCAGCCAUUCCAUUGAGCGCUCACCGCGGGAGUUCUAGUCGUGGUUCGAGUCGUGGUUCGAGUCGUGGCGGUUCUACUAUUAAAUCGCAAAAAGAGUCCGUUAUUAGUGAUGUUUCAGCAAGAUGGCAAAGAUUCACCAACAAGCCCGGUUCGACCGCCCAAGAAUCUUUGUGUCUCGUAGAUAGCCGAGCACAGACUGUGCCAAUUACUCCCGAAACAGCUCCGGAAAAAGUCCAUGAAGCAAAGCAAGAUCCCUUUGAAGCCAAAAGUGGAACCUUCACGGACAAGCGAUUUGCCACCAAACGAUCGUUUUACCAAGAAGCGAUGGUGAAAGAGGAUCUCGAUAGGAAUACGGCGGAGGCAUUGGAGGCACUCAUUAAGGACUCGAGGGAUGAUGCGCAGAGAAAAUCGCGCGAAAUUCAGAUUGGUGGGAAAGCAGGAAGGCUCAGGCCCGUUGGCCUUCAAGUUGCUAAUGUUAUUGUCAAAACAAACGCAAAUGGCGAGAGGGAAUGGACUGUUGAACAGCCAACAGUGAAGCAGUUUGAGGAGGAAGAACCAAAGAUGGAGGCCGAUGAGCACUUGCCCAGGAGACAAGGGAAACGUCGCUUUUAA